CGUCAGCGGAAACGGGGCGAGCAGGAAGUAGAAGGCCAAAGCAAGAUGGCGGCGGAAAGCAGUGUCCCGGAGCCUGAGCUGGAUUCUUCUGAUGUCGCAGAAGAUCAGAUGACUUCAGAAGAGUUAGCAGCGCACAAGAGAGAGGCACGCCUUCGGAAAUUCCGAGAGCUUCAUUUAAAAAGGAACGAAGCUCGCAAAUUGAAUCACCAAGAAGUUGUGGAAGAGGAUAAAAGGUUGAAAUUGCCAGCAAACUGGGAAGCAAAAAAAGCUCGUUUAGAAUGGGAGCUAAAGGUAGAAGAAAAGAAAAAGGAUUGCGUGGCAAAAGGAGAAGAUUACGAGAGAGUGAAGCUGUUAGAAAUCAGCGCAGAGGAUGCAGAGCGAUUUGAGAGGAAGAAAAAGAAGAAAAAUCCCGAUCUUGGGUUUUCAGAUUAUGCAGCUGCUCAGUUGCGCCAGUAUCAGAGGUUGACCAAGCAGAUCAAACCUGACCUGGAGAAGUAUGAAAAGCUGAGAGAAGAAAGUGGUGAAGAAUUUUACCCAACUUCAAACAGUCUUCUUCAUGGAACUCAUGUGCCCUCCAAAGAAGGGGUGGACAAGAUGGUUUCGGAUCUUGAGAAACAAAUCCAAAAACGUGAAAAGUACAGCCGAAGACGUUCUUACAAUGACGAUGCAGAUAUUGACUACAUCAAUGAACGGAAUGCGAAGUUCAAUAAGAAGGCUGAGCGGUUCUAUGGGAAAUAUACUGCAGAAAUCAAACAGAACUUGGAAAGAGGAACUGCUGUCUAGGAGAUUCAGGCUAUAGCUCAGAAACAUGGUCAUCUAGUCUUUCCAAAAGAUUCUGUGUGUAAAACCUGUUUUACAAAGGGAGACUGACUUCUAAAACAAUGCAAAGAUGAGGCUUGACUAAGAGUCUUAUUUCUUUAAUAAAAUCACAUUAGAAUUCUUUGUCCUGUACAUAAAAUAUUAGUGGAACAUUAGAAAGGUAAAUGUUUGGAUUUCUAGUUCACAAGACACCUGUGAACAUGUCCAUUUUUUCCUUAUUAAUCAUAAAUGAAGAUAAGUUCAAUAGGUGUAUUAAUUUGGUUAUUAAGCUCAAUUUUAAUGUUACUUUAAUGCAUCAAAAUUUCUGUGUAACUGCAAUUUGUACAGUAAGAUGAUGGAUUUUUACUAGUUUUGAGUGUAAAGUUUACUAAUAUAAUUGCAUUACUUAUCCAGUAGUGUAAACUUCUAAAAGAUGGCUGGCAUUUUGUAGUUUUCUAAUAAGCAGAGAAUCGAUUUUUAAUGAAGAGCUCUAGGAAAACCUAAUGAGGCCUAAUUCUGCCAAAUGGACUAGUUAGGUAAAGCAGUAUGUUUAAAGCAGAGCUGCGGUAAAACAGCCCCAAGGCUAUUAUGCUCUAAGGCAGUAGUUCCCAAGCUUUUUGCUUAACAGCCUUUUUUUGAAUCAAUUUCUAUGGCCUACCACCUGUCUUACAAGUUAAUGCUGUUUAGUAGUGGUAUGGGCAGAGAAAGAGGGGAUAGAUAGUAAGGGCAUGUAAAUAUAAAUAUAUAUAUAUAAACAAUUGUGUAAUGUCCAUGCAGUGAAUUUGUUUUUUUAAGAACUUUGACAUUUAUCAUAUCUCAAUUUCUUCUCAACUGCCACCAGUAUCCAUGAUACAAAACUUGGCCAUACAUAAAACUUCUUCCAAAGUUCAAUAAAUCCAACCAGCUUUCUGUUCAGAA